ACGACCACAGUUCUCACGAAAAACUUGGCCGAAGAUAUGGAAGCUAGGCAGAGGGGCGCAUUCACUUUCGUCAUUUUUAGUUUUCUUGCAAUUUAUGCAUAUGGCAAAUGCCCUAGCAAUUUGCCCCUGGAAAUUGGUGGAGAAUGCUUCAGGCUUCAAACCGAUCUUUUCACUUAUUCCCAAGCGAAAGAUAAUUGCGAAACUCUCGCUGAUUUUUCCACAAUUGUCAGUUACAUGACGAAGGUACCAGAUAAACUUGCACAUCAGAUCAAAGAUUUCAUAUACUCGAAGCUCGAAAAGACGUAUGUUUGGAUUGGAUUCAAAACGGACGAUACUGAUCUGAAUAAGCCGAUAGAAGAAAGAGAGUGGUCAUUUCACUUUGACGAUUCCACCGUUAUUCAGAAAGAUUACGAAGUAUGGGCCGAACCUCCAACCGAUUCUCUUCUGACAUGCGCUGUUAUAAAUGGUUCCCAAGAUUUCAAUGUUCUCGCAGUGGACUGCGGAGGCCCCAGGCUGCCUGUGGUUUGCAUGAAAAAAUCAGAUAAAUGCCACGAUGACAACAAGCCCUACCUUGUAUAUGGAGAUUACUGCUUGCUUGCUGUUAAUAUUGCCUUGGAAUACAACAAAAUAGAGGGUACUUGUAAACCUGACGCCCCGACUCCAGUCAAAGACAAAGAGAUGAAAAAAUACGUGGUAAACGCAGUGAUGAAUUCUUUUCUUGGAGGAGGUGUGUUUGUUGGGGUAACAAAAAUAGAAAGCAUCUACCUGUUUGGAUCGAGGCUAGUAUCCAAUGCGUUGUGGGGAGAAGGGGAACCAAGACAAAAUUAUGCAUGUGCAGGCCUUGCCUUACAGAUGGAUGGCUCAGUUAAACUCAGAACCCUCAGCUGCGAUGCUAAGGCUGCUUCGCUGUGCCAUAUCUUAGAUAUAUCAUGGCUGCUCCAUUAGAAGUUUGCAUCAAAGAGGAACAACGAGCAGUGAUCCGAUUUCUCUGGUCGGAGGGUGUAAAAGGGUCGGAUAUUCAUCGCAGACUAUCAUCGCAAUAUGAUGGAAGUGCACUAUCACGUAAAACUGUGUUUCUGUGGCUCAAGAAGUUUAAAGAUGGUCGAACAAGUGCAACGCAUGAAGAGGGAGCAGGACGGCUAUCAACCUCCACUACUGAAACCACCAACAAGAUGAAAUUUGAGUUAUUGGAACACCCUCCCUACAGCCCAGGCCUAGCUCCAUCUGACUUUCACUUGUUUGGGCCACUCAAGGAUGCUUUGCGUGGUCGCCGAUUUGCCUCAGAUUUAAACGGGCAAAAUGCGGUGCAAAAGUGACUUCACGAGCAACCGAAAACCUUUUAUUUGGAAAGAAUACGUAAGCCUUGAUCUUGACCGUGGGUCAAGUGCAUUGAAAAGGAGGGAGAUUACGUAGAAAAAUGAUGUGCCUAGUAUAAGCCUAGCUUCAUGUUAAUAAA